AUGUGUGAGAUGGAGUUGCUUGAGGUGCAAGCAGACUCGAUCGGCAAGAUAUGUGCUGCGAAGGCUCAGGCGGCUUACGCAGCUCUUGGCGGGAACGUCGUUGUGCAGGACAGUGGGUUCGUGAUUGAAGCUUUGAAUGGCUUUCCUGGGCCAUACACAAAGUAUGUGCUGGCAACCAUUGGUGUGGAUGGGCUCCUGAAGCUAAUGGAAGGCCAGCCGAACCGCAGGUGUGGCUUUGCCGCAUGUGUCGGUUUUGCAGACCUGGAUGGCAAGAUCCACGUUUUCGAAGAGCCGCGACAGUACUUUGGCAAGCUGCGGGAGUCCAGAGCUUCGACGCAUGAGGGCUCUGCGGUCGGCAAAGCGUGGGGACAUGAGUCUGGCCAGCUGUUCGAAGUUUUCAUUCCGGAUGAUUCCGAAGCUGCUGGCUUGACACUGGCGCAAAUGUCCGAGGAGCAGCUGACGAGAUAUCGCCAACGACGCCAUUCAGCCUUCAAGGUGUUUGCAAACUGGCUGCUCGUAGCAAAGGGGAGGACAACCUUGACGGCGCCAGGAUGA